AUGGAAGUGGACAUUCUUGAUAUCGAUAUGAGUUGUCAAAAGAAGAAUGACAUCAACGAAAAAUAUUUCUUAAAUCAUUUAGUGUUGCAGAGCAAUGGAACACGCAAAGAAAACUCGUCCCAAAUACCCUGUUUGAAAGUGUUCAAGAAGUACUUGAUAGUUCUAGGGCAGUAUUCCUACCAAACAGAACUGAGUCACAAGGUUAUUAUCACUGUGAUAGUUGGCUGUGUAAUGAGCCUUCUUAUCCCUGCAAUACUGCAGUUUUUUUCGUCACUUCGCGAGAACGACAUUGAUACGGCGAUGGAUUGCAUUCCAGUUUCCGUCUCGGUGAUAAAUUCUAUGAUAAAGAUACUGAAUCACAACAUUUACAGGAAGAAGUUUGAAAACAUAUUCGAACGCAUGACUCGACUGUGGGAGAUCGCUGAGGUCAAUGGAGAAUUGCAGAUUUUGAAAGAAGUCAUUGACGAAGGCAGUCAAAUGGGCACUUUGUAUAGAAGUAGUUUGUGGAUAUUUGUGUCACUUUUUCUCUGCAUACCUCUCUCUUCCUUCGCGUUGGACAUCAUAGUACCCUUAAAUGAAAGUCGACCCAGAGUAUCGCUCUUUAAACUAAAUUACAUCAUGGAUAUGGAAGAUCACUUUUACAUAGUGUAUUUACACUCAGCCUGCUGCGCUCUGAACGUUGUGUUAAUUGUAACCACUAUGGAUUCGUUGUACAUGGUUAUUAUACAUUAUUCCUGUGGAUUGUUCGCCCUAUGCGGAUAUCAGAUUCAGAAAGUGGCGGAGGACAUGGACCUAAAUUCGGAUAAUACCAGAAUAAGUAGUGUCAAGUACGAGCGACUUAAACGUUGUGUGAAGACCCAUUACGAAGCCAUCAAGUUUUACGAAUAUAUGGAGGAGAGUACUCGGAUCGGCUACCUGUUUCAAGUGGGAUUUAAUAUGAUUGGUAUAACAGCAACAGCCGUUCAAGCUGUUGCAAACUUCGAUAGACCAGCCGAAGCUUUCCGCAUUGUCAUGUUCCUGUGUGGACAACAGUUCCAUCUGUACGCCCUAAGUUUGCCUGGCCAAGAGCUGAUGGAUCGCAGCGCAGGUUUAAUUGACGCUAUAUACUCUUCUAAAUGGUACCAGACACCAAUCAAAUUCCAGAGAGUACUUGAAAUAAUGCAAAUCAGGUGCAGUAGGCCAUGUAAACUGACAGCGGGAGGAUUAUACGAAAUGAACAUCGAAAAUUUCGGAUCGAUGAUUAAGACCUGUGUGUCAUAUUUUACGGUCCUGCUAUCACUGAGGGGCUGA